AAAUCCUCCAGCCAGAGAGAGCGUAGAGGAGCUGCAGACAGUGCAGAGCGGACUUUAUAGCUCAGCAGCAGCAAGCACGCUGACACUCCCCUAGUGCAGUGAGGAGGGGCUGAAGGUCGCUCCAAUAGGGAACAGCACGUCUGUCACGCGCAUUCCUCGCCACGCUUACUGCGCUCAGAGGAAUUAUUCAUCUAAUUUUGUGUCUUCUUUUAAAAAAUAAUAAUGGCUACAGUAGAUUUAGAGAAGCUCCGGAAGUUGGGAGCGGGUAAAGCUAUUGCUGUGCUGACUAGCGGAGGAGAUGCCCAAGGUAUGAAUGCUGCAGUUCGUGCUGUUACUCGUAUGGGCAUUUAUGUUGGAGCUAAGGUUUUCCACAUAUACGAGGGCUAUGAAGGCUUGGUUGAAGGUGGAGAUUGUAUUAAACCAGCGAACUGGCUAAGUGUGUCUAAUAUAAUCCAGUUGGGUGGCACUAUCAUUGGAAGUGCCAGGUGCAAAGCAUUUAUGACUCAUGAAGGGCGUUUGUCUGCAGCCUUUAAUCUGGUGCAGAAGGGUAUAACAAAUUUGUGUGUCAUUGGUGGUGAUGGCAGUUUAACUGGAGCAAACAUCUUUCGAAAGGAGUGGGGAUGUCUACUUGAAGAGUUGGUUAAGGAAGAAAAAAUAACUGAAGAACUUGCAGCAACUUAUUCUUAUUUAAAUAUUGUCGGACUUGUGGGCUCCAUUGACAAUGACUUCUGUGGUACUGAUAUGACGAUUGGAACAGAUUCAGCUUUGCACAGAAUUAUGGAGGUUAUUGAUGCAAUCACUACUACUGCCCAGAGUCACCAACGGACAUUCGUGUUGGAAGUCAUGGGAAGGCAUUGUGGAUAUCUAGCAUUGGUGUCUGCAUUAGCAUCUGGAGCUGACUGGCUUUUUAUUCCAGAAUGCCCUCCUGAGGAGGACUGGGUGGAUGUUAUGUGUUCAAGACUUGGAGAGACUCGAAGUCGUGGUUCAAGGCUAAACAUCAUUAUCAUUGCAGAAGGCGCAAUUGAUCGGGAAGGGAAGCCAAUUUCUUCUAAUUAUGUUAAAGAUUUGGUUGUUGAACGCUUGGGAUUUGAUACCAGAAUCACUGUUCUUGGACAUGUACAACGAGGAGGAACACCAUCCGCUUUUGAUCGUGUCUUGAGCAGUAAAAUGGGUAUGGAAGCAGUUAUAGCACUGAUGGAAGCUACUCCUGAAACUCCAGCCUGCGUAGUUAGUCUCUCUGGUAACCAGUCAGUGCGACUGCCAUUGAUGGAGUGUGUUCAAGUGACAAAAGAUGUGCAGAAAGCUAUGGAAGAGAAAAGAUUUGAUGAAGCAAUUGAGUUACGAGGAAGGAGUUUUGAAAACAACUGGAACAUUUACAAGAUUCUGUCACACAAGAAGCCAUCUGAAAUAAAGAGUAACUUCAAUCUGGCAGUUCUGAAUGUUGGCGCACCAGCUGCUGGAAUGAACGCUGCUGUUCGAUCUGCUGUGCGAAUUGGAAUUUCUCAGGGCCAUAAGGUUUAUAUAGUAAAUGAUGGAUUUGAAGGACUUUCAAAGGGACAGAUUAAAGAAGUACAUUGGCACGAUGUUGCUGGGUGGCUAGGGCGUGGUGGUUCCAUGCUAGGUACAAAAAGAACAAUACCAAAGACCUGUAUGCUGAAGAUUGUGGAAAACAUUAGAAAAUAUAACAUCCAUGCCCUUUUGGUUAUAGGCGGAUUUGAGGCAUAUGAGGGAGUGUUACAACUUGUUGAGGCUCGGGAACAAUAUGAAGAACUGUGCAUUGUCAUGUGCGUAAUUCCAGCAACCAUUAGCAAUAAUGUGCCAGGGACUGACUUUAGUAUUGGCUCAGACACGGCUGUUAAUGCAGCGAUGGAGAGUUGUGACCGUAUUAAACAAUCUGCCUCUGGAACAAAGCGGCGUGUGUUCAUUGUAGAGACCAUGGGUGGAUACUGUGGCUAUCUGGCUACAGUGACAGGAAUAGCUGUUGGUGCAGAUGCUGCUUACGUGUUUGAGGAUCAGUUUAACAUUCAUGAUCUGAAGUCAAAUGUAGAGCACUUGACGGAAAAAAUGAAAACAGAUAUUCAAAGAGGACUUGUACUGAGGAAUGAAAAAUGCCAUGACUACUAUUCCACAGAGUUUCUGUAUAAUCUCUACUCAGCUGAAGGAAAAGGAAUUUUUGACUGCAGGACCAAUGUUCUUGGACACUUACAGCAAGGUGGUGCUCCUACUCCUUUUGAUCGAAAUUAUGGCACAAAACUUGGAGUGAAGUCUAUGCUGUGGAUUUCUGAGAAACUGAGGGAGUCCUAUCGCAGAGGUCGUGUGUUUGCUAAUUCUCCAGAUACCGCCUGUGUAAUUGGCCUUAAGAAGAAAGUUGUGGCUUUUACAUCUGUUUGUGAAUUGAAAAAAGUUACAGACUUUGAGCACAGAAUGCCAAAAGAGCAGUGGUGGCUGAAUUUCCGUCUGAUGUUGAAGAUGCUGGCCAACUAUCAAAUCAGCUUAACAGAAUAUGUUUCAGGGAAAAUAGAACAUGUUACGCGUAGGACUCUAAGCAUAGAUAAAGGCUUCUGAUUGAUAUACUGUAUCAGACAUGUGGUGUUAUGUUCAUCUCAUACAAUGUAACAGUGUUUCCAUACUGCCAACUGUAAUGAACUCAUAUCAAUUGUAACUUGUCUAAUGAAAAUGUCUUCCUUUGUAAGAUAAGAGUAAUCAAUUUCUUGACUUUAUUAUUUUAUUAAAUAGAACUAGAUCAUACCCCGACUACCAUCAAUCAGCCUGCCUGCUUUACUUUGCAAUUAUUUCCUUUUUCUUGCUUUAGUGAUGUUGAAUGAAUGUCAUAGGAACGGAAUAAUGGUGGUGUUCUGUAUAUACCACUCUUAUGCAGGAGAGUGUUUUCUCUGGCAACCAAUAGGCGAGAUGUAAUAGUAUCCGAGUUGCCGACCGAACUUUAACUUUUUCGUUAAAAACCACUAUCAUUUACAAGGCAAAACCACGCCUUGUAAAUGACCGCCGCUUUAUAAAAGCGUCCAAGUUCGGCCAGAAUCCUGCACCCCUGGCAAACUCGGAUGCUAUUACAUCCCCCUUUAUGGUUUCAUAUAUAUCCCUCCAGAUAUAGAUUUAUACAAUGUUUCUGUAUGAAAAAAACUAUUUUGAUAUAAAUUAGUAAUUAAAUAAUUUGACGAUAAAUUAGUAUUUAAAUAAAGAAGAAUGCUGCAUUGUUUAUAAGUAAAGCAAAUAACGAAGUGUAUGGUAUGUAAGUAAUGCAAAAAUGUUUUGAUUAAAGUUUAAACAAUACAAUGUAGUAAUUUCCAUAUUGUUAAGGGAGAAAAAAAUAUAGAUACAUAAUAAAAUAAUAAAAUUA